AUGGCUUCACAACAGUUCCUUACCGACGAAGAAAUCAAGAAAUUUAUUGACGACCUCGAUCACGACAAGGAUGGCAAUGUCGACUAUUGGGAAUUGGAACGCAAGUUGGAUCAAGUACACAAGGAGAUAGCACCCAAAGCGCAACCGCACAACCUACACCAUGGAUCUCGGGGCGAUGAAGCUCGACAUGCAUUUCUCAGACAUGUCAUUGGAACGCGAGAAGACCACAUCAACCGGGACACCUUCGCAAGGACUGUGAAGACUUGGGAGAUACCAUCAUUGGAGCAAGAUCGAAAGGAAGCAAAGGACGAGGACGACUACCUAAAGCAAGUGUCCAUGUACCGACGUGCGCGUGCGUACUGGGCCGUGAAAGGGCCUGAAAUCAUGUUUCUCGCUCUGGUCCUCCUCUUGAUGAUCGGUUUUGGCGUUUGGCAGUUUGUCAAAUACCUUACCUUUGAUCAGUAUACGCCUGCGUUCGGAUGGGGAGCUGUCUUAUCCAAGACAUGUGCUGGCGUGCUGUACCCAACCUUCUUCUUCCUCAUUUUGUCCAUGUCAAGAUGGCUCUCGACAUUCCUUCGGCGCUUCUACUUCAUCUCUAGGUUCAUCAACUGGGAUCUGUCGCAGAGUUUCCACAUCAAGAUGUCCAUCGUCGCAUUAGUGUUUGCAACACUACACGCUAUCGGUCAUCUCAGCGGCUCUUUCGUUUUUGGAAGUAUGGCUAGUCGGCAGGGCGCAGUUGCCAAUGUCAUUGGACAGGACGCAGUGCCCCGCUCGUAUACUGACUACCUUCGAUCAUUGCCAGGAUGGACCGGACUCACAUCCCUCGGCUUGUUCUAUCUCCUCGCAUUGAUGAGCAUGCCUCAGAUACGAAAAUGGAGCUACGAGGUUUUCCAACUGGCUCAUCUGCUCAUGUUCCCUAUCAUUGGCUUCAUGAUGGCGCACGGUACCGCGCAUCUGCUGCAGUGGCCCAUGUUCGGCUACUGGCUCGCUUUCCCUACACUCAUGGUUCUAUUUGAACGUGUUUGGCGCUUGAUCUUAAGCUUUCGUCCUAUUCUUGCAGAUCUAGAAUUAUUAGAUGAUGAGACUGUCGCAAUCACUGCGCAGGUACCUAAGACUCGUCCCUGGGACUACAAAGCUGGCCAGUACGUCUUCGUACAGGUCCCGCAGCUGUCCAGAUUUCAGUGGCACCCAUUUACUGUCUCAACUUGCAUCAACAACACCAUGCAGGUCCAUAUCAAGGCUGAUGGCGACUGGACAAAUUCGCUUCGUGAUUUGGCUAAGGAAGGAGGACGAACGACGAUCAAGAUCGGUCUUGACGGACCGUUUGGCGCACCCGCUCAGCGGUUCUACGACUUCGAAUACAGUAUGGUCUUUGGUGCCGGUAUUGGCAUAACGCCUUUCUCUGGUGUGCUUACAGAUCUCCAAUACCAUGAGCUCGAGCGUGUCAAAUCUAGGCAAUCACCAGAAUCGUCCGACGAAACCCCCCGAGAGCAUUCACCGUAUACAAACCAUCGCCGAGUCGACCUACAUUGGAUGGUGCGCGACAAGAAUAACCUCCUGUGGUUCUCUGAUCUUCUAAAUGAGGUCUUUCGUCAAAGAUCGGAUGGCCAAGACCUCGACAUCCGUAUUAACACCUACGUGACUCAGAAACGCAAGCAAAUAUCCCAACACGUAUUCCGUUGGUUGCUCGAGAAGCACCGAACGGAUGACCAUCCGCAGUCGCCCAUCACUGGUCUCGUCAACCCAACACAUUUCGGACGCCCGGACAUUCGGGGAAUCAUGGAGGCUCACUAUGACGAUAUGAGCAAAGUUCUGGCGGAUCGAUUGAAUGAGAAAGAUGGCAACAAAGACGAUGAGAUUAAGAUCGGUGUUUUCUUCUGCGGGCCACCUGUCAUCGGUCAACAGAUUGCCGACCAAUGUAGUGUGUUGACUGCAAGGGCACGGAACGAAGAUAGGAAGCUUGAGUACCGGUUUAUGAUUGAGGUUUUUGGUUAG